ACCCUCAUGAAGACUGUACCAUGUCUAUGGGGAAGUACCUGCUGCUCUUUCUGGGCCUGGCCUUGCUGUCUUAUCUUGGACAAGCUCUGAUAUGUGUCCAGUGUGAUCGGAGAAAUUCUGAUGGAGUUUGCGAGACUGGGGAACAUACCUGCCAAGCAUAUGGAAGCCAGCAGUGCUCCCUGCGCAAGAUCUAUGAAGGUGACAAGUUCGUUUAUGGGCGGCAGGGCUGCAGCACCUUGUGCAGCCCCAUGACGCUGUUCAGUCCAACUUCUAGAGUGCAGUUUCUAUGCUGUCAAGACGCAUCUUUCUGUAACAAGCUGUAAAAGACCCAGCCCUCUGUCCCCUAGUCCUACACUGGCAAAGCUGGGUUGCCCACUUGAGCAUUUCUUUGUACCCCUACAGCCUCUGUCCAAGCUCUCUUUCCCCAGAACUGCCUGAGACCUGACACCUACUUGUACUCAGCAUCAGGUGUGGCUCUCUUCUUUUCAGCUCUCCUCGAUGCUCCUCCUUCUCUCUCUUUCUCCAUCUUCCAUCCUUUAAUGGCACAUAGCAAGCUCUCCCUGUCUCUCCUCUCACUCUUUUUUUUUUUUUUUACAAAUAGUUUCUAUUUAUUAAUCACCAGGAAUAGGUUCUCAAUAUGCAACAGUGGAUACCAGAUCGGACUCCUGCCCUCAGUGGACCUUCAGUCCUCCCAGAGGACAAUGGCUUCAGAUUUUAGCCUCUGUCUUAUUCUUGAGCUCAAACUUACAGCCUUGGGCAUGCUAAGCACAUGCUUUCCCACUGAACCCCAUCCCCAGCCCUGUAUUUGUAUUUUGC